UUAAGGAUAUUGGAUAUUAAUUUUAAGAAAUAUAUUAAAACCAGAAAUUUUGAUAUUAUAUAUAAAGAAAUAUGAAUAACAGUACUGAACAAGUGAUUUUUGAGCAAGUUGUUGGAUAUCGUUUGAUACAUGGCUAUGUUAGUGGAACCAUCUGCCUCAUUGGUAUCAUUUUCAAUAUUCUGAACGGCUUUGUUUGGUCCAGAAGAACCAUGAGAACAUCCAUCAACAUUUUGCUGACGGCUUUGUCCUUCACGGAUGGAAUGACAUUGUUUUUCUAUCUUGUGUAUGCUACAUACUUCUUUACAGUUACAGGACCCAGUGCAAUGAUUUAUCAUUCUAAAGGAUGGAUGUAUAUCAUUGUCUUAUGCUUUCACGAGUUUAUAGCAUUCUGCACUGUUUCAAAUGGACUAACUAUAUCAUUGGCAGUCUUCCGCUACGUAAAAAUUUGUCACCCAAAAGCUGCAGACAGGUAUUGCAAUAAAAAAAGAGCUAAACUGGUAAUUUUACUGGUAUUCGUUUUGUCUUCAUUAGCCAUGGUGCCGUAUUACCUGUAUUACGAGGUGCAUGACUUGUCUGAAGACAAUUUGAACCUGACAGGGUACUGGAUUCGAAAAACAACAUUUGCUAGAAACAAUGUUGACUUUCAGAGAACAAUACUUUGGCUGUAUGGAGUAAUUUAUAAAGUAGUUCCCACAUUAGCAAUGAUAUUCCUUAGCGCUUUAAUGAUCCGAGAGGUUUGUGCAGCAAAGAAACGUAGACAGCAUUUAGCAAGCCCAAGUGGAUUUCAACGGACCAAAAUGAAAAUCGGAUACAGAAGAACGACGAUUAUGCUUGUGGUCAUUGUUUUGAUUUAUGUUUUAAUGGAGUUUCCGGUCGGGAUAAUGGCAAUUUUUUCUGCUAUUGAGGAUGGUGAAAACCAUUACUUUUAUUUUCUUUUGUAUUCCCAUGCAGGUGAUAUUGUAGAUAUGACAGGCCUACUCAAUGCUACUUUGAAUUUUGCCGUAUAUUUUUGCAUAAACAAACAAUUUCGUACAGUGUUAAAAGAAGCGUUUUUUCGAAAGAGAGAAGAAAGAUCUGAUAUUCGUUAUACUGAUAGUCAGCGUACAUGUAACACGUCAUCACGCGACAUGACAAUUAACAGCGAGUUUUCUACUUCACCAGUUUAAAAUUAAAUGUGUAUCAAACAAUGAUUCCUGAAGAGAGAAACCAGCACAUUUUUGAGAUUGUUAUGAACUUUCAACAUUCUAUUACAUGCAUGGAAAUUGUAUGCAUUUGCAGAGGUUUUCCUUUAUGCAUCACUAUUUCAUAAAGACAUAUUUAAGCUGAAAUUUAAGGAAUAUCGACCCUCUUUCUAAGUCAAAACAUACUAA